GUUGUAUCAAAAUGGAGCAAAAGCAACGCACAGCUCAGAAGCAACCAGACCUGGCCACGGGCACCACGGCGGAUGUCUCCGAAGAUGAGGAGGACGCUGGGCCGCUAGAUGUGCUUAAACUGCAGGGCAAUAACAUCAAUCCCAGAGACAUUAAGCUGCUGCAGCAGGCCAGUUUGCAUACCGUGGAGUCGGUUACAUAUGCGACGCGACGUCAGCUGUUGAACAUCAAAGGCCUGGGCGAGUCCAAGGUGGAUCACAUUAUGAAGGAGGCCUCGAAACUGGUGCCCCUAAGCUUUACCAGCGCACGCACCUUUCACCAGAUGCGCUCCGAAGUUGUGAUGCUCACAACUGGCUCCAAGGAGCUGGACAAGCUGCUUGGCGGUGGCAUUGAGACGGGCUCGAUUACCGAAAUCUUCGGGGAGUUUCGUUGCGGCAAGACCCAAAUCUGCCAUACGCUGGCCGUCACUUGUCAGUUGCCCAUCAGUCAGAAUGGCGGCGAGGGCAAGGCCUUGUAUAUUGAUACGGAGGGCACAUUCCGGCCGGAACGUUUGUCGGCCAUUGCGCAGCGCUACAACAUGGAGGAGGCUGAUGUUCUCGACAAUGUAGCCUGCGCGCGUGCUCACAACACGGAUCAGCAGACGAAACUGGUUCAAAUGGCAGCUGGCAUGAUGUUUGAAUCCAGAUACGCCCUAAUCAUUGUGGACAGUGCCAUGGCUCUUUACCGCUCCGAGUACAUUGGACGAGGCGAGCUAGCAGCUCGUCAAAAUCAUUUGGGUCUAUUUCUGCGCAUGCUGCAGCGUCUGGCGGAUGAGUUUGGUGUCGCGGUGGUCAUUACGAAUCAGGUGACGGCCCAAGUGGAUGGCGGUGCGUCCAUGUUUGCAGCGGAUGCCAAGAAACCAAUUGGCGGUCACAUCAUGGCACAUGCAUCGACAACCCGUUUAUAUCUGCGCAAGGGCAAGGGGGAUGCACGCAUUUGCAAGAUCUACGAUUCGCCCUGCUUGCCCGAAUCGGAGGCCAUGUUUGCUAUACUACCCGAGGGUAUUGGUGAUGUCAAGGAAAACGAUUGAUUAAUUUAAUGAUUGAAUUUAUGAAAUAUAUGCAAAGCUAAGCUCAUAUUUUGAUAUUUGACGAUUGAUUUGUUUAACUUAAACUAUGA